AUGACCUCGUCAUCGCAUCUUUAUGGGCGAUCGUCAUUCUUUGUUCGACCCAUGCGCAUCUCCACCACCAAUAGCCGGUCGAGCUCCCCAAGGAUAACGAUUCAUAUAUUCAGACAAGCAUCCAGCAAAGCUCACCGACCCUCACCUUAUAAGUUUCCAAGUUUGUGUGCUCUCCGCUUUGGAGCCUUCGGCGCCAUUUUCGUUUCAGCGGUUCUUGGCUUAGGUGUAUCAGAUUCAACGACGACACAUACAGAAGAUGUGAAGGAUGAAGAGACCAAAUCCGCCCUUCAAAGAACAUCAACUUUGCCUUUAUUACGAUCGUAUCUAGUAUGGACGUUACUUGGUAUACCUUUGCUUGUCAAUAAUUCACCUUCAAUACUAGACAUCCUCUUGCAUUCCAGUAUACCAGGUAUAUCAUUCAUCACUGAGACUGUUGUCCGAUCGACCUUUUUCGCUCAAUUCAUUCCUGGUGAAACAGCUAAGGAAUGUGCACCAAUAUUGGAAAAUCUUAGAACAAGGAAUAUCGGUACUGCAUUAAACUAUUCAGCGGAAGCUGAUACUGUGGAGAAUACUGAUUUGACGAAAUUGGAAGAAGACAGGUUUAGAGAGAUAGAAAGAGCUUUGAAUUUACAAGGUGAUUUAGAAGAAAGAAUGUCUCAACAAGGAUGGGGUAAAGGAAGUUCAGCUUUUGCAUUGAAAGUGACUGGAUUGAUAGAUCCCGACGUGGUCGAGAGAGCUUCUACAACGUUACAUCGAAUUCGAUCUCUACACAAUCAAGGUGCAGAGCUAAAUGUUCCGUUCCCUGGAUGUCCAUCUGAUGCAGAUGGGUUGGUUUUGAUACCAGAUUCCCGGUCUUGUUUAACAGAAGCCAAAAGAUAUCCGAAGAUGGUGAAGAAGAUGGAAGUUACUGAGUCAGAAUCGGGAAUAAAAUCAUCUGACAUUGAAAAGUUGAAACUGCUAUGGGAUCGAUUGGAUUAUUUGACCGAUCUGGCCCAAAGGAAUGGGAUUCGCUUGAUCUUGGAUGCCGAGGAGACAUAUUACCAACCAGCCAUAGAUGGAUAUGCACGUCUGCUCUGUAUGAAAUAUAAUAGGCCUCGGGAUUCCCAGGAUAAAGCAUGGACCGGUCCAGUCAUAUAUAAUUCCUACCAGUGUUAUCUCAUCCGUCAACCUGAAUUCCUAGCAGCCUCUAUACAGCAUGCCGAAGAUAAUGGAUACAGCAUAGGGUUAAAGGUAGUUCGAGGAGGCUAUAUCGUUAAAGAACAAGCGGAAUGGAAAGCUUCUGGUAAAACAAGCAAGGGCCCGAUCUGGGCUGAUAAAUCUAAAACAGAUGAGUGCUAUAACAAAUCUGUCAAUAUUACUCUGGAGACUUUGAAGACUCAAUUGGCUAGUAGAGAUCCUCAAAAAGCUUUGAGCGUUAUUUUUGGGACACAUAAUACCGAUUCUUUAAGUGAAAUAUUCGACGUUUUAGAAAGAAAGGAAUUGGCGUCGAGAUCCUCCGCUGGUAAAUUGAAAUUGAAUAAGGAUGUUUCAGGUAAAGUUGGUAUCGCACAGUUGUAUGGUAUGCGAGAAGAUCUAUCGGAAAAGAUACAUGCCACCUUUGAAGAAAGUAAAGUGCCUAUCUCAAUGAUUUUCAUAGCAUACGGUAGGCUUAGAGAGGUCCUGCCUUUCCUUGGAAGAAGAGCUAUAGAGAACAAAUCUCUGAUGAGCGGCGGAGGUGGAGCUGCAGCUGAGAGGCGAAGAGUAGGAUCGGAAAUUCGAAGACGGCUGACAUUCGGUAUUUUGGAGUAG